GGCCCCGCGUCAUCCCCUCGUCUCACUCCCCCCUUCGUGUCCUUAGAGCAUGCGUCCCGUCGUGCUCCUCUCUCCGCUCAGCCUCCUCGCGCUUGUCGGGCCAGCCGCCGCGGGCGUGACGGUCCAGAAGCCCGGCCUGCGCGUGCCCAAGAAGUACAUCAGCGCGAACCACUCGGGCGCGGUCGAGGAGAUAUUCGUGAAGACGUGGGAUGCGUACGAGAAGUAUGCGUUUGGAUUCGAUGAACUACUGCCCGUCAGUCUGGCGGGCGAGAACGAUCUUGGUGGGUGGGGCGCUUCGAUCGUGGACGCUCUGGGAACGAUGCUGGUGAUGGGCCGGGAGGACUUGUUCAACGCGACCUUGCCCUACUGGGAGACCGUGGACUUCAACUCGUCGCCAGAAGCUGGUACCGUCAGCGUUUUCGAGACCACUAUCCGUUUCGUAGCAGGAUUCAUCUCUGCGUACCAGCUGAGUGGGGAGCAGCACCCGAUUCUCAUCCAGAAAGCUCAGCAAGUCGCUGACAAACUCGCUUUCUCGUGGAUCAAUGGUAACGUCAUAAACUACGGCCACAUCGAUUUCAGCGACAAUGCGCCUGCCAUCGCACUGACCAACAUCGCUGAAGCUGGAACGUUGACGCUCGAAUGGCACCUGUUGACCCAAUACACCGGAAACCAGACCUAUGCCAAUCUCACCAAGAAUGCGGUGCUGCACAUGGCGAACCUGGCCACGCCCCUCCCGGGUCUCGCUCCUCAAUCUAUUGACCCGGCGACCGGCAAAUUCGCAGACGCGUAUCUCACCUGGGGAGGAGGCAGCGACUCGUACUUUGAAUAUCUCAUCAAGUACCCUCGUCUGACCAACACCGAUGACACGACCUUUGUCGAUACAUGGAAGACUGCGGUCGAUUCGUCUAUAUCCCACUUGCUCAAGACCUCAACCGUCAAGAACUUUUCGUAUCUGGCGGACCAAGACGACUCUGGCGCCAUCCGUCAUGUCGGCUCCCACCUGGCUUGUUUCUAUGCUGGAAACUGGCUUCUGGGCGGUAAGCUGCUGCAAAACCAGACGAUCAUUGACGUCGCUCUGGCCUUGAACGAUGGUUGCUGGAACACAUAUGCCAGCACAGUAACUGGAAUUGGGCCCGAGAACUUUGCGUUCAUCAGCGCUGACGGAAACUUCACCGGUGGAAGCCCCAUCACGGCCAGCCAAAUGAAGUUCUAUAGGAAACACGGAUACUACAUCACCGGGUCUGAUUACAUCCAGCGGCCCGAGGUGCUCGAGUCCAACUUCUACGCGUGGCGCGUAACCGGGCUGACCAAGUACCUCGACCGCGCGGUCUCUGCGAUCAACUCGUUCAACAAGUUCCUGCCCGCCACGGUGGCCUUUGGUUCGCUCAACGACGUGAAUAGCGCUGAUGGAGGGCUGAUUGACAUCACUGAGAGUUUCUGGUAUGCCGAGGUCCUCAAAUACCUGUUCCUCACCUUCGACGAUCCGUCGCAUAUCAGCUUGGACGAUUAUGUCUUCAACACAGAAUGCCACCCGUUCAAGGCCCCUGCCGCGCUCGACUCGUACUCUGGCUCUGGGAAACUGGUCCCGCAGAAGAACUUCAAGCCGACGCCUGUGAGCCUGCCGAAGCCAGCCAUUAGCCCCAAGUAGUACUUUCUUAUGAGGUCAUUCACUGGUGCAAUAUUAAUACAUAUGAUCGCGCCGCCUCGACAUCGGGUGCUGGCUUCAUGA